UUUUUUAUAUAUGAAAAAAGUUAUAAUGUCAGGACCAUUUUCUUUUAACUAUGAGAAACAGGCGUGGUUUGUGCAAUGAGUAAGUUUGCGGUAAACCAUAAAACAAGUAAAACAAUACAGUUCAACCUAUGAUAAGGAACUUUACCGAGUUGAUUGAAAUUACCACAUAUGAGGUUUUAUUUGAAUCCAUGUUUUACGCGAUAUUCAUUUGAAAGCACCGACAAACGAAGAAUGCCACAAAAGAACCAUAAUUUCAACCAAUCAUGCAAACGGUCAUCUGACAGUAGCUCCAGCACAGAAGAACAUAAACUAAAUAACAUUACUGUAAAUCAUGCUCAAUUUGAUAUUGACGAAACGUAUAGGCCUGAAGAUAGUUUAACUAUGAAGUUUCGUGGUCAUACAAGCAAAGAUCAAAAAGAGAGGAAAAAAAAGCAUUUGAUAAUUUACUGUGUGAUCGCAGCCAUCCUGUUGUUAAUCUUGCUAGCUGUAAUCUCCUUCGUUGUGGUGCAUUUUGUAAAACGAGAUGAAACAAAAACGUCUAAUAACGACACGUCAAUCAAAACUGAAGCUUCCACUAAAGAUAACGAGGUGGAUUCGAGCAAACGCAAUGGGGAAAAUAAUGUAAAUAAAUCAGACAGCGAUGAAGUGUGCAACACUGAGAAAUGUAAAUUUAUUGCAGAAAACUUAAAAAAAUCAAUGAACUUCUCCGUUGAUCCUUGUGAUAAUUUUCAUGAGUAUUCUUGCGGAAUAUGGGACCAAACACAUCCCCUGCCAGCUUCCAUGCCAAAAUUAGACACAAUGGCGCUUCUUAACUUGCAGAAAAAUACCUAUCUGAAGGACAUCAUUGAAACUGAAUCACAAAAAGCUAAACAAGCCAAAGGAUUCAAAAGUAAAAUUCUAAAAUUUUAUAAAUCAUGUCAAAACUUAGAAUUAAUUGAUAAGCGAGGCAAAUCACCGUUGCUCAAGUUUAUCUCGAAAUUUGGGAAAUGGUCUCCAAUUAAUUCCUGGACACAAGCAGGAGAAAAUAGUCUCGAUAUUUCGUCCUUAAUCAUUUUGAGUCAUCAAUACUUUACGUUAUCUGUUUAUGAUGAUCGAGUCAACUCACCGUUGUUUAAAGCAAUCGUUAAAGUAAACGAUGUCAACUCAAGCCAGCACAUUCUUGAGCUGAAUCUACCAGAUCUUCCGAUAGCGGACCAGACAAUUUAUAUCACUAAGGAUGCCCGCUCUAAAGCUCUGCGUACAAAAUACAAGUUACUUCAAACCAACUACGUUGCAUUGCUUGGCCCGUCAUCAGACGCUGCGGAAAAGUUGAAACAACUGAUGGAUUUCGAAAUCGAAUUAGCAAACAUCACAUUGGAAUCUUCGUUUAUUCGAAACGUUAUGCAACAAUACAACCUAACAACAAUAAAAAGGUUCCAGAACUAUGUUGGAACAGAGAUAAACUGGAUACAGGUGCUGAAAGGCUUUUUUUCACCAUUGGGCAUUGAGAUGACUGAACAUACAAAUAUUGGUAUCCGUUCGAUUGAUUUCUUUAAAGCUCUGAAUGAUUUUAUUGCAAGAACUCCUAAUCAAUUAGUCAAAGACUACAUCAUAUGGGUUUGUGUAUGGAAGUUUGGCUCGUAUGUGUCAGGACCAUUUCGUGAAGCUGAUUAUAACUUCCAACGUGCAGUAAUGGGAAUACAGGAACGACCGGAAAGAUGGAAAAAAUGUAUCAUUGAUAUUGAACAAACUAUGGAGUUUGGUUUAGCUUCAUUGUAUGUAGAAAAAGCUUUAACAGAUGAAGAUAAAGGAUUGGCAACGGAGAUUGUAGCUAACAUAACACGAGAAUUUAAAAAGAACUUAGUAAAUGUUGAAUGGAUGGAUGUAAGCACAAAGGCUAAAGCAUUCGAGAAGGUUGAUUCAAUUGCGAAAAACAUUGGCUACCCUCAGUAUGUGAAAAACGAAACAUAUCUAAACAGGAAGUACAAAAACGUUCAUGUGCAUCGAAGGUAUUAUUUUGAAAAUGCUCUUAAAAUGUACCAGCAAAAGCGGAUUUCAAACUUAAAGUUGUUAAACGAGGCAGUUGACAGAACAAACUACGAUCUACCACCUACACUUGUCGAAGCGUAUUUUGAUCCGAACAAAAACAAAAUGGUGUUUCUGGCUGGUAUAUUACAUGUUCCAUUUUACGAUACCAAAGGACCAAUGGCGUUAAAUUAUGGGGCGCUUGGCUUGGUGGUGGGACACGAAGUAACACAUGCUUUUGAUGACUUAGGGAGACAAUUUGAUGGCAACGGUGAAAAGAAAAAUUGGUGGACAGAUGAAAGUUCGAAAGCUUUCUAUAAAAGAUCUGACUGCAUAAUGGAUCAGUACUCGAACUACAGCAUGUACGGGAUAAAUGUGGAUGGCAGAUUGACGUUGGGUGAGAAUAUUGCAGAUAAUGGUGGAAUCAAAGUUGCAUAUUUGGCUUACAAAGAAUGGGAAAGAACGCAUGGAAAAGAGAAGAAACUUCCUGGAAUCCCUUUAACAAUGGAUCAAUUACUUUUUGUGUCGCAUGGACAGGUCUGGUGUGGAGCAUAUCGGGAAGAAUAUAUAAAACGAGCAUUAAAAAUUGAUUACCACAGUCCUGCGAAAUACAGAAUCAUUGGACCGUUGUCAAAUUUAAAAUCGUUUUCAGAUGCUUUUAACUGCCCAGUUGGUUCCACAAUGAAUCCAGUGAAAAAAUGUAGAGUUUGGUGAAAGAAAAAAAAAACAUUGUAUUAUAUGUAUAUGUUUAUAUAUAUUUCCACUGCCUUCGAUUGUCGUACUAUCUAGAAAGUUAUCUUAGAGAAGCCUGCUUACCCCAAUAUAUCUAUGAUACGGAAACAAUCGGCUGGUACAAUGGAGUGUGUAAUUUUUCUAUCUUAAUAACAAAGUUUUCUGUAGCUGAAACAAAUACGUAUGCAAUAUUUGAAACUUUGGACAAGCAGCAAAUACAUGAAACAAAAUGCUGAAAAACAUUGCAGUUACCCAAUUGAUGUAAAUUAGCCAAACAAUGAAGAGUUCAUUACGUGUUCACACCAGUGUUUCAUCUAUAUCAUUAGAAGUUGGAAGUCCUACUCCACAAUUAACGCUUAUUGUAUAUUUAAUUAAAGUCGUAAAAUAUUUAUGAAAAAACAUUAUAUUAAUUGAA